CCCGGCCCGCUUCAACACACACACACGCUGAGAUAUCAGACACACGGUCUCUUACAUCAUAGAUAUGGAGGUCUCCAAACCCAAAGCAAGCAGCAAGGUUGCCACACGGCCCUCAGGGCCCGGCAGUCCCCACAAGGGUCCACCCAAAUUCAAACAAAGAUCAACCCGGCAGUUCAAGAGCAAACCCCCCAAAAAGGGUGUUAUUGGAUUUGGUGAAGAUAUUCCUGGAAUGGAGGGUUUGGGAACUGACUUCAACGUCAUCUGUCCUUGGGAGGCUUACAGUCACCUGGAGUUACAUGAGCUGGCCCAGUAUGGCAUCAUAUGAGGUCACUUCCUGUUCCCAUGAUCCACAACACGAAUCAUCGGCACCCAAUGAAUGAUCACGUUAAUCCACAUGUCAAUUUCUUUUGAAUGAUUCAUGUCAAGCCACUUUAAAUGUUUGUUAACUGGUCAUAUUCGGUGAUUUGGUAAAUAAUUGACUAAAUAUUAGUUCAGACCAUAUACAAAGGGACGGUUUCCCAGACAGGGAUUAUCUUAAAACAGGACUAGGCCUUAGUUAAAUUAGCAUAUUUAAGUCGUUUUUUAAAAACAUACUUUACAAAAAAGAACAUUACUGGGUUCAUCUCGAUAAAACAAUCGCACAAAAAUAUUUUAAGAUAUGUCAGUACAAGUUUUUUUUAAUAAUACACCUCUAACAUCUAAAGUAGUCUGGGACUAGGCCCUGUCCAGGAAAAGAGUUUUAUAUAUUCUGUAGUUUAGGCUAAUGUCACAUGACUGUUUUUUACUCAACAUCUUAAAACAAUACUAUUGUUAUUCAGCAAACAAACACUGUUUAUUAUUACUAUGUCAGUAUGCAAAAUGCAUAGUUACACUAGAAUCUUUUUUAAGAUGGAUGUUUGAUUUAUUUUGGUAACUUCGUGUCUUCUGUAAAUACAUUGUCUGCUGUGGGGACUGUGUGUCUGCGUGUGGAGCGAGUCCUGGGAGCUGCUCUCUGUGAGAGUUCGGCCCGGUUUAUUGGCCUUCUGUGCACGAGACCUGAUCUGACUCCAUCCCCAACAGCACAGAAAGUGUUGAAUGUAAAAUAAAGCUGAACUUUUUAGUACAUUUCUGCUGUAUGUCUGCAUGGCUCAACCUAGGGAAGUGCUUUACAUGCAUGAGUUUUUUGUUGUAUUGUGUGUCUGUAAUACAAAGAUACAUGUUCACCCAAAAAUGAACAUUCCUUUAUCAUUUAUUCACUGUCGUGUCGUUUCAAACCCAAGUUUCUUUCUUGUGCAGAACACAAAAGAAAGGAUUUUAAAGAAUGUUGAUAAUCAAACCGAAAAUCACCGAACCCCAUUGACUUCCAUAAACACAAAAACACUGAGACAUUCCUCAAAAUAUCUUAUUUUGUGUUCCACAGAAGAUAAAAUCAUAUAUUGGUUUUGAAUGACAUGAUGGCGACUAAAUGAUGACAUCAUUGUUGUUUUUGGGUGAACUAUCCCUUUACGUGUUCAAAUGUACUGUGGAACCUGCUUGAAUUCUUUGAAUCUUUACAUUUGCAUUGAUUUAUUUGGCAGACGCUUUUAUCAGAAUCGACAAAUGAGAGAGCAUUCAACAUUUUGUCUUUGACCUUAAACCGACACUGUAAAAACAAAUGUACUGAAUUUUUCUGUUAUUUUUUUUACAGAUUUUCCACGUAAAAUGAAAAAAAAAA